UUAUUUUCCUCUCCGCCACCUCCACUUCCCGCCUGUCCCAUCUCCAGACGGGACUCUAUGUUCGCCCCUGCUCGCAGAAAUGCGGGCUUAAUACCGUCCCUUGUGAGGCCGACGGACUUGUACCGGCAUUCGUCGAUCCUCCAGGCGCACGCGUCCCUUGUCACUGGAUGCUCAUCCCAUUCCUUCCCCUCCCUGAACCCCUCGCCCAUACUUCUGCACCGCUACUACUCUACGCCUAACACCGACCCCGCACGGCGCGAACAGCGAGACUCAGCACCCAGCCCUACCCCGCAGGCCAAAGAGCCGAAGGUCGUCCUCCGUCCGGGCCCUAUCAAGCCCAAUUCGUCCGCGACGAAGAAGGCUUCCUCUACCCCUUCCUCCAGUAAGAAGGACACCAAUGACGCCUCACAUUUGCAUCCCCCACCGCCUCCGUCUCCGCUGCAUCCGCACGACGUGAAGGAGGCAGUCGCGCAAGAUCUGCAGGAAGCAUACGUCCACGGCGUCUUCAAGCCCCCUCCGCCGGAUGCCAGCACGUUGGGCAAGUGGUGGCACACAAUUGUACAAUAUACGAAAUUCUACUAUAAUGGUGUGAAGAUGGUGGCUACGCGUGCGCCGCAGGUGCGGGAGAUUCGUGCACGGUUGAAGGGGACGGCCCCGGGACCACCGCCGACACGGGCGGAGGUGCGGAUGGUUGCGCUGCAUGAACAGGAUGUGAGGAAGAUGGUACCAUUCAUCAUGAUCGUGAUUAUCGCGGAGGAGCUCAUCCCCCUCGUCGCGAUUUGGGCACCGUGGAUGCUUCCUUCGACCUGCGUGCUGCCGAUUCAGCGCGCGCGCAUCAUCGAGGGGAAGCAUCGCGCUGCUGUCGAAGCCAGUGCGCGCUCAGGGUCCACCUUCGCUGAGCUGCGAGCUGCAGCUAAGGGCGAUCCCCCGCGCGUUAGCCUGGCCGCACUGUCGACCGUUCCGCGACUGGCGCAGACGGAUUUAUGCAGGAUAUUACACACGUCAGGCUUUUUCCCGCGGAGGAAUAUCGAGAAGCAGCUGCGCGCAGUGGCUGCAGAUGACGCGCUCCUCAUCCGCGAGAUCUUGCCUACGAAGCGUGUAGGACUGACUGACGAGGAGCUUGCGGACGCGCUGGCAGACCGCGGCAUUCCGCAUGAGGGCCUCCCGCGGAAACAACAGGAGAAGCUGCUAUUGACGUGGCUGGAAGAUGUGGCGCGGUUUGCAGAGCAGCCAGAAGAGGGACUGGAGAGGCGGUUGUAUCUCGUGCUGGGGUACAAGCCGUUGGGCGCGUAGAGGUGAAGGGGCGGUGUGAGGGCGGUAUGGGACAGCAUGGAGGCCACUACUUAUUAUAUAGCACGUCCUUGGAGUAUGUAUACUGGACUCGGAGGAUAUUAUCCCUUCUCCCUUUGUGCGCUCUGCCGAUGUCAAGGGAGAUCGACGCGCGUAGGUGGACAAAUAGAGUGUCAAGGGAACAAACACUGCCAUUUUGGGAUCAAGGAUUCAGACCUUCGGCUACUUCCGGAUGUUCUUGCCCUGGACUGCCAU